AUAUGUCCACCAUCAUUAUUAUACACCUUUCUCCAUUGAGUAAUAUCUCUACCUCUCCAAGUUUUAAAGAUUUAUAUAUUCGGACAAAAACCCUAGUUAGGGUUUAAUCUUCAAAUCAAAACAUCAUUCAUCAGCAAAUCUCAAGGCUGCAGCUAUGGCAUUUUUCAGUAAAGUUGGGAAUAUACUUAAACAGAACAUGAGCAAGCAGAUUACCCCACAAUUUUCUACAACGAACCUCUCAGUUUAUCAGGCAUUAAGAUGCAUGUCUUCUUCAAGACUUUUUGUUGGAGGUCUCCCAUAUGCUGUAGAUGAUACAUCUUUACGGGAAGCUUUCUCUCCAUAUGGUGAAGUUAUUGAAGCUAGAGUUAUUAUUGAUCGUGAGCAAAUGACAUCUCGAGGAUUUGGUUUUAUUACAUUUGCUUCAAGUGAAGAGGCUUCUAGUGCUAUCCAGGCUCUGGAUGGGCAGGAUUUGCAGGGUCGUAGAGUGAGUGUGAAAUAUGCUGAUGAAAGACCGCCACGUCAAGGUGGCUAUGGUGGUGGUGGUUAUGGUGGAGCGCAAAAUUAUGGGGGUGGUGUUGGAUAUGAUAGGGGACAAAAUUACGGUGGUGGUGGAUAUGGUGGAGGACAAAAUUAUGGCGGUGGUGGUGGUGGUUAUGGCGGAGGGCAAAAUUAUGGUGGUCGUGGUUACGGUGGACAAAAUCAUGAAGGUGACAGUAGUGGGUAUGUUCCUAAUGAUCAGAACUCUGUUGGAAACUACGGUGUUGCUGGUGAAGUUGGUGGACAUGAUUCUUACGUUGAUGGUGGUGCUGUGGAGACUGGUUUUGCAGACCAAUUUGGCAGCAACUCCAGUGGUGGUUUGGGUGAUGAUAUUAGAGACUUUGAGCCUAAGGAUGAUUAUGAGCCUAAUGACUUUGAUAAGAGGGCUUGAUAUUUUAUGGAACGCGUCUCUAAAGGCUGGCAACGUAAAUGUUUUGCAUCCGAGAUAAAAAUAUGAUGGCUGUCAUCCAUUUUACUGCUAGGACGACCAUCAGUUCCAUAUUCGACCUUCUAUUUUUCUUGUUGUGUUGAACUCUUUGCAAUGCGAAUUCAAGUAUAAAGGUUUUCCGAAUUGUUUUUCGUUGUCUGUGUGAGCCUCUCAUCCUGAUCUUAUUACCUUUGUGACCCGUUGUAAUCUUGUAAAGUUGUAGUUCACAAUUGCAUUUAAUUCGAUUGGUACUCCGGCUGUCCAGCCUAAGAAUUGAUUUUGCCGAAAAAAACGUAAUAUACAGAGUGAUGACAAGAGUGCGACCUUAAUCUUUGGAAUUAAGGCUUUGACGUAUUGCA